GUUUUUAGCACUAAGCGAAAGUGAGUUCGUUAAUUGCUUAUUAUCGAUGCGUCUUAUAAUUCCAUCUAAAGGAAGUUGAUUUCAUUAAGUCCUACGACGACUCAGUUUGGACCCAUCUAAUUCGGCCGUUAUCAGGGGAUAUAGACGUACAUGAGGCUAUUGCCUCGCUAUGACUCCAUGUCAAUUUGUUAUGGUGAUGACCCUUGUCUUACCAAAGGGCUCACUUAGACCAAGGUGUUGUUGCGACUGGCUCUUAGCGAUCGAAGACUUCAUAAUGUCACAGGAAGCAGUAGAUUUGAAUUGGGAAAUGACCAGAUUCCGAGUGUAAACAAAGCAAGAGUAAACUUUACUCAUUGAAAAGCUCGACUUUAAGAUAUUAAUCUUAAGGAAAAACGGCAAAUGAAUUGGACAAGUCGAGCUUCACUCCUGGUUGUCAUCUCUUUUCUGCUACGAGCCAAAUCAAAAUCUUUGCCUCCCACUGGCGAACCAACUGAUGCAGAGGCCUCAUUAGAGGCAGGCCAUAGACGGAAUUUCUCUUCCUUUGAAGACGCUUUAUUAAAGCCGAGGAGAGGAGAAACAGAAUCAGAGUAUGAGUUAAAACCGUUGAACGAAAGUUUGGCUUUACCUGGAAGAAACAUCAGUAAACUGCUGGAUGACGUCUUUAAAAGAUAUGACAAGAGGAUACGUCCAUAUUAUGGAAUUAAAGCCGUCGAUAUUCAGCUGGACAUGCUCAUCCUAUCGUUCGGGGAGUUGAGCGAGACUAAUAUGGUAAAGUUCCAUGCAAACGAUACGCGGCGGUACAACCAAUGGGGCGACUGGGAGUUCACUGUCGAUAUGUACCUCGGGCAGUUUUGGAAGGAACCACGUCUUGCGUUUGGCAUUAAGCGGGAAAUCAUUCUCAGCGGUGUAGCAUCUGAAAAACUCUGGGUUCCCGAUACGUUUUUUGUGAAUUCUAUUGACACCAAGGUUCAUGCCCUUCUUUUCUCCAACAAGAAAGUUUGGAUCAACCUGACCGACGGAUCCGUCAUGCUUAGCGCGAGGCUAACGACGCGCAACUCGUGCAAGGUGGACCUCCGUAACUACCCCAUGGAUGAACAGACGUGUCAUCUGCCCUUCGAGAGCUUUUCGUACGAACAAAAGGAUUUAAAUUACACAUGGCGAAGCAAAGUAGGCUCAGAUAUCGCAAUCUAUGACAAAGAGAUGGCUCAAUUUGACAUCAUCGCGGCAAAACGUUUUCUCAAGCAUCCCGUCUAUCACUCACCCAUGUUCUCUGGUCUGACCGCCACCAUGUCGUUCCGCCGCCGCUCGCUCUACUACAUCUUCCAGAUGUAUAUUCCGUGCACAUGCGUCGUGAUUCUGUCCUGGAUUGCUUUCUGGAUUGACCCCAAGGAAGGGUCAGAACGCGUAGGCCUGGGCAUCUCAGCGGUUCUUACCAUUAGCUACAUGCGCGGUUCUAUGAACGCCGGCAUGCCAAGGGUGUCCUAUCUGAAGUCGAUUGACUACUUCCUGUUGAUAUCGUUUGUUUUUGUGUUCAUGUCACUUAUUGAGUACGUGCUCGUACUGAAGGAUGCUAGGAAGGAACGCCGAAAGAAGAUAACACUUCCGGGAAUUCUACCAGGCACGCAGAUGGCGUCCAUACCGGAUGAGCCUCUUGUGGUUACCGUAACUGCAGGCGAUAAAACCUACCGCUUCCAGGAACCAAAUGACCAAGAGUUUUGCCAUGCCAACAACAACGUAGACGCCGCACCUUCGCCAGAACGACGGCGUAGUAUCACUUAUAAACCGCGUAGUACCGCCAUGCAACUAAACAACGCGACAGGGCGUCGAAGACCGCAAAGGAGAGAGCUGAGAAGAAAAUCAUCCAUCGCUAGGUUCAUCACUAAAACAGCCAAGUCUGUUCGGCCAGAGAAGGGAGUCCAUCCACUGGAUAAAUACUCUCGCUUAGUUUUUCCAAUAUCAUAUGCUAUAUUCUUAAUUAUUUACUUCUCAGUUCAGUACCACGCGGUGUGGAAAUGACAUGGGCCUUUACCAUCAUGUGAGCAUUGUGCCUCACAGUAAACCAAUAAACAUGUCAUUGAAUUCUAUGUGACAUCGUUUCCGGUAGUCCCAUCAAGGACGGAGAGAUUACGUGCGUGACAUGAUGUGUGUGACAUGAUGUACGUGAAAACGUGUGACCAGCCCAAUCUGACCAGAAAUACAAUAUGUCAUAAGUAUGACGCAGAAGGUGUCAUGGCGUGACAUGAUAUGCGUGAUAAUGUGUGAUUAGCCUGAUCUUGACCAAUAUGUAAUGAGUAUGACGCAAAACGUGACAUGGCGGAACAUAGCGUGACAUGAUGUGCGUUACAGGUUGCGAACAGCCCCGUCUUGAACAGAUAUGCAAUGGUAGCUGCAGAUCAUGUAUUUGAGUGUCUCGAGAAAAACGCAGAGUCGGGACCGGAGUGAAUCGAUUAGCCUAAAAUCGGCAUCCUUAGCUCUGGUAAUAGGUCACUAGAUCAUCCAUCUAGAAACUUUUUCCAUCCAAAUAGCAAAUAACAACCAACAAAGGGGUCAUUUUAGCAGGGUGGUGUCCGGGCCCGUCGGACCAGGCUGUAGACACGCGGCUGGCAUGGUUGCUCAAAAUCUUGGAAAAGAGUAAAUUAUGACUAAGUAUGUAUGGUAGUAGUCAAGUCAACCAACUGAGGCUGAUGGAGUCAUUCUCUUUCGCCCGUUUGACCAGACUUAGCAGACUUUUAUCAAGAUGAAAAAUCUUGCUUUUAAUGACUUUACAGCAAUGCUUUUAAAGGAUAGGGGUGGGUGGCGUUAACAUGAACAAAUUGUGCUAUAUCCUACGCCAAACGAACCUUAUUUCGGUUAUAACAACCGACGGGAAAAUCACUUGGUGCAAAUCUACAAAGCUAUUUAUUUGGUUAUUUAGACAAUAUAAAAAUAUAUUCUUUCACUUCCGUCUUUUGUCCUUUUAAAUAAUCAGGUGAUCAAAUUUGUAAAAAAAGGAACUGUGUAGAAAAGUCGUUACUUGUUAUCAUCAGUAGAACUAGUACUAACAAACCGUCUAUGUGUGUGAAGGCAAGGGGAUAGGUGAUUAUAGAAGGAUGUAGGAAAUUUAAUGUAAAUCCAGGUUGUAAAAAUAACUUCUAACUAAAGACAAUAAAGUUCUAAGGCUAUCGUA